GUUGAUAAGGUUCUUGCUUUUGCAGGAAAUGUCACAAUAUAUAAUUGUAUUUCAGUUUGCUCGCUUAUCUUCAUUCGCGAUGUGGUUGAUUUUGUUGUUAGGAUGUCUCUUUAUAGGGAGCAAGCUAACAUCUGGACAAUUUUUAGAGUCGGACUGCGGAUAUAUGUCACGGGAGGCACUUAAAAACGAAGGCCAUCAGGCACACAUAUCGGAGAGCCCUUGGAUGGCUUAUUUGCAUGACUCUGGCAAAUUUCUGUGUGGCGGAACGCUCAUAAACCAUCGAUUUAUCCUGACUGCUGCACAUUGCAUAAGCAAUGGAGAGGAUUUAACAGUGCGAUUGGGCGAGUACGACAGCUCAACCAGCCACGACUGCAGCGGAUCUGUUUGCAUACCGCCCUCUGAAGAGUUCGAAAUUGAUUUGGCCAUUCGGAAUGGUAACUAUUCGAGAUCACAACGCUACGACGACAUUGGGUUACUUCGUCUGGAAAGGUCGGUGGAAUAUAAGGUCCACAUCAAACCAAUUUGCCUGAUCACAAAUCCUGCUCUUCAACCGAUGAUUGAAGGACUCCAGAGGUUGGUGGCCACUGGCUGGGGCAGAAGCUCCCUCGGAUCGCCAAGCCACAUCCUCAAGUCUAUUCGAGUGGAUCGACUGGGGCGGAGCGAAUGCCGAAGAAGAUACCUGGUGGAUUGCCGUUGGGAUCAGAUCUGCGUGAGUCACGAACCCGGGGAGUCGUGCAGUGGCGACUCCGGAGGACCCAUGGGUCAUGCGAUUUGGUAUCACGGUCAAGUGGUUUUUGUUCAGGUCGGAAUUGUAAGCUAUGGCAACCCGGAGUGCCAAAGCCCCAGCGUUUUCACUGAUGUGAUGGGACACAUGACUUGGAUCCAGUGGGCACUUGACUUGUAUAGCUAGUUAUUAUAUUAAACU